AAUUUCGAGCUUUCUCUUUAAACCUAAAAAUUUUGGUUCAUGAUGCCCAUGGCGAGUGUUAGGGCUUCAUCUCUGCUGUCCUCCCCCCUCCUCCCUCCUCUCUCCAGAUCCCGCCCCUCUUCUCUUCCUCCCCCGUUUCCCUCCCUCUUCUACCGCCCAUUCCCACCCCCUUCCCUUCUUCCUGCCCGUUCUCGCCUCUCUUCCGCUCCUCCGCCUUCGUCGUUCCGCCGCUCUUCGCGUUUCUCUCGUCGCCCCGACCGUCUUCUGUGCAGAGCUGCGGAGUACCAAUUCCCUGAUCCGAUUCCGGAGUUUGCCCUCGCCGAGACAACCAGGUUCCGCACGCAUAUGCUCGAGAGGCUGACCAAAAAGAAAGAGUACUUCGGUGAUUCAGUCGGUGAAGUGGUCGAUGUCUGUACCGAGAUCUUUAGCAAGUUUCUACACACAGAAUAUGGUGGGCCGGGAACCCUCCUGGUUAUUCCAUUCAUCGACAUGGCUGAUACACUCAGAGAGAAAGGACUUCCGGGUGCUCCUCAAGCUGCACGUGCAGCAGUAGUUUGGGCCCAAAAGCAUGUCGACAAGGAUUGGAAGGAAUGGCCAGUAGGGCGAGACUUAAACUCAGAUUCUGGGUAGAUUCAUAAUCAGUAAUAAUAUCAGGCAAAAUUAAGCAGUAGAGAUUAUCCCAGGCAAUCUUAUCAUAAUAAAUGGGGAGAUAUUUUCUUCGUCAUUAUUUUUGAGGAUGAGGGAUAAUCUUAAUAGACAGAAAAGAACCUUUAUCACUAAGCAAGCUCACUACUAAAAUUAUCUAUUAUGCUUGUUAGCAUUGUCUAUAA